UGUCAGCUAGGGCCAAUUUCCGGCCCAUUCACUGUCAGUAGGGGCGCAUUGUGCUCAUUGGAUCAGCAUUGUUCGUUGUUGAGAGCGCUCACCACCAACAUUUUGGACAAUGGCACCAUGAACGAGCAGGGCUAGGGUAAUGCAGUAAAGGACAGCUUGAAAGGGCCAGCGACAAGUUAGCAAGGAACGUGUACAGUCAGCAUGGCGGCUGUCCGGAGCAUGUCCGCUGCCACCUGUCGCGCUGCGAUUCCCUGCGCUGUUGCUGCAAAGGGCGCUGCAAGAGCAAGGGCGCAGUUUUCGCUUGGAACUGCCUGCCCUGUCCAGGCUUCGGCGCCUCUGAAAAUGAGUGGCCGGUUCGCGCUCUCUGCCAGCUGCGCCCAGUUGCGCAACUGUGCGGCUCGGUCAGCCGCUAACUUGAGCUGGUCAAGGGCAAUGACGGGAGGGUUAAGCCUAACCCCGUUUGAAAACGAGAAGCCAAAGAGGGGCCACCACCGGCGGCAGAAUGUCGAGGCUGCUGCCAAGAACGGAAAGGGCGAUGUCGGCGAGGGCAAGUACAAGGACUCGGUGAACCUUCCGGCGACCAAGUUCGACAUGCGCGCCAACAGCGUGGUUCGAGAGCCGCAGAUCCAAAAGCUGUGGGAAGAAAAGAAAGUGGAGGAGCGCCUAUUUGAGCGCAGCGGGGGGGAGCCGUUUGUGCUGCACGACGGCCCCCCGUAUGCGAACGGGGACCUCCACAUUGGACAUGCGCUGAACAAGAUUUUGAAGGAUAUCAUCAACCGGUAUCAUAUCUUGCAAGGGCGCAAAGUGAAGUUCGUCCCGGGAUGGGAUUGCCACGGCCUCCCAAUCGAGCUGAAAGUGUUGCAGUCGAUGACCGCCGACCAGCGCAAGGAGCUGACGCCCAUCAAGCUGCGCAAGAAGGCGGCGCAGUUUGCGGUCAAGACGGUGGACGCACAGCGGGAACAAUUCAAGCGCUACGGAAUUUGGGGCGACUGGGACCACCCGUACUUGACACUGAAGCCCGAGUACGAGGCUGCCCAAAUAGGCGUGUUUGGGAAGAUGGUGUUAAACGGCCACAUCUACCGGGGGAAGAAGCCGGUGCACUGGAGCCCCAGCUCACAGACGGCGCUGGCAGAGGCGGAACUAGAGUACCCCGAGGGCCACGUGUCCAAGAGUAUCUACGUGGCCUUCCCGCUGACGUCAUUUAGCGACAAGUUCCCAAAGGAGCUGAAGGCCCUGCAGGGCGAAGUGUCACUCGCGAUCUGGACCACCACGCCCUGGACCAUGCCCGGAAACGCAGCCGUGGCCGUGAAUGGGGAACUAGACUACGCCAUAGUAGAGCUGCAGCCUGCAGAGGAGACCGUCUCUGAAAGCGCGUCGGAGGGCACGCCAGCAGACGAGCCGGAACAGAAGAAGAAAAAGGGCAGCGCACCGCCAAAGUCUUCCCCAGGCAGUGCUCUACAAAGCUCAAAACACCUAGUGGUUGCUAAGGACCUCGUUCCCACCCUCGAGUCAAAAUGGGGCGUGAAACUUACCGUAAAAGGCGAGGUGAAGGGCGCGCAACUAGAGGGGAGCGCUUAUCGGCACCCGCUGUUCGAGCGCGAGAGCCCGGUGGUUAUCGGAGGCGACUACAUCACGACCGAGUCGGGGACGGGGCUUGUUCACACCGCUCCAGGACACGGGCAAGAGGACUACGUCACGGGCCUCAAGUACGACCUCCCCCUGCUGUCGCCUGUGAACGACCGGGGUGAUUUCACCGAGGAGGCCGGAAAGUUCCAGGGGCUCAACGUUUUGGGCGACGGAAACACGGCGAUCGUUUCGGCGCUCGACGAGGCGCAGGCGCUACUGCUGGAGGAGGCGUAUUCACACAAGUACCCCUACGACUGGCGGACCAAGAAGCCGACGAUCUUCAGGGCGACCGAGCAGUGGUUUGCCUCUGUAACCGGUUUCAAACAAGCAGCUCUCGAUGCCAUCUCUACUGUUGAGUGGAUUCCCCAAGUCGGGCAGAACCGAAUCACGGCCAUGACGGUGGGGCGAUCCGAUUGGUGCAUCUCGCGGCAACGCAACUGGGGCGUGCCGAUCCCCGUGUUCUACGACAAGGAGUCGGGCGAGCCGCUGAUGACGGAGGAGACGAUCGCGCACGUGCAAGGUAUUGUCCGGGAGAAAGGUACAGACGCGUGGUUCUACAUGGAGGUUGCGGACCUGCUUCCGGACGGGCAUAAGGCGGAUGCGGACAAGUACCGCAAGGGCACGGACACUAUGGACGUCUGGUUCGAUUCCGGCUCGUCUUGGUCGGGCGUCGUGGACAGUCGCGACGGCCUGCGACUUCCGUCCGAUCUAGUUCUCGAGGGGAGCGACCAGCACCGGGGAUGGUUCCAGUCCAGCCUGCUCACCAGCGUAGCCAGCACGGGGCAGGCGCCGUAUAAGUCGGUGUUGACGCACGGGUUCGUGCUCGACGAGCGGGGCCUCAAGAUGAGCAAGAGUCUGGGAAAUGUGAUCGACCCACGGCUAGUGAUCAAUGGUGGAAAGAACCAGAAGACGGAGCCGGCUUACGGAGCGGACGUCCUUAGACUGUGGGUGUCGAGCGUCGACUACACGGGAGAUGUGCUGAUUGGCCCGGGGAUCGUCCGGCAAAUGUCGGACACCUACCGCAAGUUCCGGGGCACCCUGCGCUACCUGCUCGGGAACCUCUUCGACUUCGACCCGACCAAAGAUGUUUUGCCGUACUCGUCCCUCCCCGCGGUGGACCGCUACACGCUGGCCAAGCUGGCGGGCGUGAUGGGCGAGGUGCGCGAGAGCUACGAGAAGUACCAGUUCUACCGCUUCUACCAACUCGUGCAGCGGUUCAUGGUCGUCGACCUCUCCAACUUCUACUUCGACAUCUGCAAGGACCGACUCUACAUCGACUCCCCCGACGGUUUCUCCCGCCGCGCCGCCCAGACCGUCCUCUCGUCGACCCUCCUCUGUCUAGUUCGCGCAAUCGCCCCGGUGCUGCCCCACAUGGCCGAGGACGCGUGGCAGAACCUGCCCCAUAAGAUCGAGACACGUGGCGGCGUAGCAGAGACGGUGUUCGAGGCGGGCUGGCCGGAGGUCGAGGAGGAGUGGCGGACGUUCUCGGAGGAGGACAGUGCGUUCUGGGCUAAGCUGCUGCUGAUCCGGAACGAGGUCAACAAGGUCAUCGAAGCCGCUCGGAAUGCGAAGCUGAUCGGGGCGUCCCUCGAGGCGAAGGCCAUACUCUGCGCGACAGACCCGGCGGUCGCCGAGAAGCUGCGGGGAAUGGCCGACGGGGCGCACCCAGUGGACCAGCUGCGGUACAUGUUCAUAACGUCACAGGUCGAAGUGUUAGACUCCCGGGAGGCCUUCGAAGCCCUCAACCCGGAGCACCGAAACACGGCAGACAUCGAAGGGGUGGGCGAACUGUUGGUGGGCGUUGUGCGGGCGGACGGUGGGAAAUGCGAGCGGUGUUGGAACUACUCGACGCUCGUUGGGAGCAGCGAGGCGCACCCAACGCUGUGCGAGCGGUGCGAACCGGUCAUCGAGAAGCGGGGGGCGGAGAAACCAUUGGAGGCAGUCGCUGCCUGAGAAUAAGGAAAGUGAAGUUUGCGGUAGAACGGUGGUGACUGGUAUACCGGAGAUUGCGUUUCUUUCUGACGCUGUGGCCCUUGCUUGACUUUAGGCGCCGAGCUGAGGGGCUGGCUUCCGGCCCCUGUACAUGCUUUUGAGCAUUUCUCCACACGUACGUUGUGUGGUGUGCAAUCAAAAAAUCCAAGCUGCUGGCUCUGGUUGCAUAUAUAUGUUCGAUGCACGUGAAGCGAACGGCGAUUUGAGUUGAGUGGAUCAAAACUCAGUGAACUCUGACGUCCGGUGGUUGACACAUAUGUAACUUGCUCGUAGUGUCACAAUUAGACAAGUGUUC